AACGCGUAAUCGCUUGUGCCCCGUUCUAUUUGUUUUAAGUCGGCCGUAACCGGGAUUUUGAAUAAAAACAUCAAAGGGGGUGGUGUGUAUAAAUAUACGAGAAUUAAGAGAAAGUCACAAAACUAGUCAUGGCGCGUGUCGUACUAGGUGUACUCGCCAUCCUGGUGGCUCAGGCCCUGGGAGAAGUCAUCCCUAAGAGCGUUGUACCACCAAAAGUUGUUGACAAUGUCAUUUUACAACGCCAGAUUGAACUAUCCAAUUUGUUCAACCGCAUUGGUGAUCCAGUCCAAAGCUUGGAAUUAAAAUCGAUAGUUGAAUCAUUUGACUGGGAGAAGAAUAUUGAACAUUACAGCAAUGUGACUGCUGUUAAAGAAUUCAUUUACUUGCUCGAACACGAUAUUCUCCAGCCACGUUGGUUUUCCUUCUCUCUAAGUGAGCCCGCAGUACGUCGUGAAGCUGAAAUUGCCUUCAAUUUGUUAUACAGUGCCAAGGACUAUUCAUCAUUCUAUAAGGCAGCUGUUUACUUAAGGCAACAUCUGAAUGAAGCAAUUUUUGUUUACGUAUUGUCUGUCGCUAUUCUCUACCACCCCGAGACCCAGGGUGUCGUUGUACCACCAGUAUAUGAAAUUUUCCCAUCUUACUUCCACAAUGCAGAAAUCAUUAACUUGGCCAAUAAGAUUAAUGUACAUGGAAAGGAAUCUGUAAAGAACUACCCGCAAAGUUACAUGUGGGAUGAGAACGUAGUGAUCAGGUGGAACGAAACUGUUUGGCCAUAUGCCGGACAGGAAAGCGCACCAAUGUCAUACUUUAUGAAUGAUUACUCACUGAACGCUAUCAUUUACAACAAUCAUCUUAGACAACCAUUUUGGCUUGACGAGUCUAUAGUUUCCCAACAUAAACUAAAUUGGGGAGCCUACAAUCUUUUCUUCUAUAAACAAAUUGUCAGCCGUUAUUACUUGGAAAGACUUUCCAAUGGUCUCGGAGAAAUUCCUCUUUUGAACUGGGAUGUUGUAGAGGAAGGUUAUUCAAGCGGUUUGGUCCAUUACAACGGUGUUCCCUUGCCAAUUAGGCCUGAUUACUACCAACUUAACCAACCUAAGCUUCUUGAAUCUGUAGAACAGCUGAAGAUCUAUGAGCGUAGAAUUCGUGAAGCCAUUCAACUAGGAUAUGUUAUUGGUGAAAACGGUGACAAGAUUGAUUUGCGCAGACCGGAAGCCGUGGACGUAAUUUGGAAUAUUAUCGAAGGAAACGACUAUUCUCCCAAUUUAGGUUACUAUGGUAGCAUUUUGAGCUCAUGGAAAAAACUACUUGGCAAUUCUAUUGUAUCUCGUAAAAUGUGGUGGAAAGGAUACGUGCCUCUUGUUAUGUCCUCUGUUUUGGAAAUUCCAUGUGCAGAAGCUCGUGAUCCCGCUGUUUAUAUGAUUUGGAAACGUAUCGUUAACUUGUACGACCUGUGGGUCUCAUAUUUGCCAAAAUACAGAGUAGAGGAUUUGGCUGUACCUGAUGUUCAAAUCCAAAAAGUUGAGGUUGAUAAACUUGUAACUUACUUUGAACAGAGCUACGUCAACAUCUCUAACGUCUUACCAUACAAUGUGGUCGAGUCUAAGGUAAGCCCAGUGAGCGUUUUGGUCCAACGGCCGCAGUUAAACAACAAAGUAUUUAAAGUACGCGUUAAUGUCAAGAGUGAUGUUUCUAAAAAAGUGGUAGUCAAGUUCUUUGUGGGUCCCAAAUACGACAGCAAGGGCUUGGAAAUUCCAUUGCAAGAAAAUUCACAGAACUUCUUCCAAAUUGAUCAAUUCAUUUACGAAUUGCCAGCAGGAGAAUGUGUGAUUAAACGUGAGUCCAGUAGCAACUCAUACAUGAUCGACCAAUGGUUGUCUAAUUCUGAAAUUGUAAGCAAGGUUAGCAAUGUUCUUCGCGGUAACGGUCAGUGGGUAGUUGAUGUAAACAACUUCUACAGUGGAUUCCCUCGUCAUCUGAUGUUACCUAAGGGUCGUAUCGGUGGUAUGCCGUUCCAAUUCUUAGUCUUCAUCAGUGACUACAAACCAUAUAAUGGAUUUUCUGGAAGCUGGAGCGGUGCUAGUCCUAUGCGCGCUGUAUACGAGCCCUACGGUUACCCGUUGAACAGACCGCUGAAUGACAUGUGGAUACACAAACUUCCUAACUUACACAUUAAGGAAGUUCAAAUCUAUCACAAGCCCACGCCUGAAAUUGUUGUACCUAAUGCGAUUUGGUUUUAAGAGUCUCUGAUUACAAUCGGUAGCUCUAAGAUGACACCCGUUAUUUAGUUUAUGUAUCAAAUGUCUUUUAUUAACAUUAUGUAUAAUAUGUGUACGCUAUAAUUUAUACCAAAGACUUUAAUUAGUUACUGAAGUAGUGCCCCUUGUAGCAAUAGUAAAAUAUUUUGUAACAUGUAGUAACAUUCCACAGAUAACCAUAAUAUCAAUUAGCUAUUAGAUCUCAAAAAGUCUUUUGUAUGCUAUAUAUCUAUUUAUAUAUAAAAAUAUUUAUUUAUAUUUUUUCACUACAAUUAUAUAUUUUUCAUAUAUAUAUUAUUU